AUGGAAAUCCGAACUGAGCAUGCUCGUGAUUGGACGAGCCAACCCCCCGAAAAUCCUACAUUUGACGACGAUCUGCUCCGGUGGAUACAGGAACCGUGUCUAUUUGAAGAUAUGCGGUUUGACGAAGAUAUCAUGUCGGUUCUCUUGGAAUCAGGGUCAAUGCCACCUUUCAAUGCCGCACCAAUCCUGUCCAUGGAUGUAGAUCAAGAUCAAGCCACAGUCGAUCAUAACCAUGAGAAUCGGAGCUCCAAUGACAGGGGUGAAAUUAUGAGUCGACCGGCAUCUCCUCCAAAUGAAGCCUCUGAAGAAGACAAAUGGCCUUGGAAGUGGGACCCUGGUUCUCAAGCAAUUACCGCCGCCAAAGCAAUUGAAAUACCCGCAAACCAUUCGCUAAGACGUAACCACGAGGCUCGUUUUGAUAUCUCCAAGCAGCGAUAUCAAAAAGUGACCGCAUUUCUUCUUGAGCCCGCAAGAAGAGGCUUCAACUUCCACUCGCUUCAUUUUCCAGACCUGGAGACGGCAAAUAUUUUUAUAAAAUUGUUUUUCACACAUUUUGAACACCAGAUGCCUGUCAUGCAUCGUCCAACCUUGAAAUCUUGUGAUAAUUUACCUGAUUCUCUUUUGGCUGCGAUGAUUGCCAUAGGAGCUAUAUACAGUCGCGAGCGACAUUCCUGUCGAUUUUCAAUCGUGCUCAUUGACAUGGCAAGGUUGAGCUCCCAGAUUGCCUUCGAGAUGAAUAACAGACUGAUGAGAGAUCCUAUGUUUGUCUAUGCCCUGGCACUACUUUCCUAUGCAGGCCUUUGGUGUGGCAACAAGCGACUGUUUGAGCUCUCUGAAAGCCAGCGAGCUGCGGUAGUCACCUACUGCCGGCAAAUCCGCGACAGUGAAUUUAUCCUGGCAAGAGAAGACCUCAAGAGAUUUGGUAAUAGUCUUGAGGGAACUUGGCAAAGAUGGGUCUUGAAGGAGUCCAGAAAAAGACUGUUAUGGGUCAUCUAUAGCUUCGAUUGCAUGUUUCCAUCUUUGUUGUACCUACCAGCUUCAAUCAACUUGGCCGAAUUCAUGACCAUUGAAUGUCCUUGUGAUGAGGAAUUUUGGCAUGCUGCAACUGCUAAUCGCUGGAAAUCCUUACUUGGCUCUGCAUCUGUUCCACCAGCAAGAACCUUCACUUCUGCCGUGAGCCCCUUCAUGGGGCCUUUGAACCCGGGAACCCCUUCACAUCACACUACUUCGGGUGUGACAAUUCUACAGACCUCAUUUUCAUCUUCAUAUUGUCUCAAUACGUGGACGAGACAUCUCGUUCUGAUGACUAUCUUGGUACACAUAUUUGAACUAUCACAACAAAUCACAAUGGUAUCAGAGGCCACUAUUGACACAGAGAUAUGGCAAAUACCGGGGUCGAGGGAAGCAGAUUCCUCCAAAGAUUCGACCUUUAAUCUCGCUCUCGAGCCUGAGGUUAAACCGCACUACGAAUACAUGGUGACGAGAUGUUUAUCAAGCCGACCGUCGGAAUCUAUUCUGUCACCUCCGGAACGUGAAGUGUGUAAAUCACUCGCGAAGCGGCGUGAAACUCUGUCAAGUAAGUCAUCUUUGCAUACUUGGAUUACAAUCAACGUCUCAUCGUUCUCUAGAAACACUCAUGGCUUGGAACCAAGCAUUUGCAGUUAUUCCUGCUCCUGA